AUGCUAAAAAAACUUAAUUGCGAUGAAUGUGAUGAAGAAGAAGUUGAACAAUGGAUGGAUUUUGAUGAUGAUGAUGAUCCCGGGUACCAAAUUCUGCAGGAAAGUGAAAUAUUAAAUCUGAUGACUAAUAAAACUGACACCACAGCUAGCACCUCAUCAACUGCAAGUUCAGAUAAUGAAGAUGAAAACAUAAUUGGUGCUUUAGAAGCCUUUACAUGCUUAGAUAUUGCAUUGCGUUGGUUGUAA